UGACGGCUGCGGCGCCCGCGGGUCCCGAGUGCUCCGAGCGCCCGGACAGCGGGAACGGGAGCCAGGUCCAGGCUGAACUAAGGCGCUGCGCCCGGGACGCCCGCUGAGAGAGCAGCUUUUGCCCGUAUUCGUGUCGCCCCUCGCGUCUCCCGCCCUCGUGGCCAGAUCUGACCAUGAGCUAUCCAGGCUAUCCCCCGCCAGCAGGCGGCUACCCACCAGCUCCACCAGGUGGUGGUGCCUGGGGAAGUGCUGGCUACCCUCCUCCCAGCAUGCCUCCCAUUGGGCUGGAUAAUGUGGGCAACUAUGCAGGGCAGUUCAACCAGGACUACCUCGCAGGAAUGGCGGCCAACAUGUCUGGGACGUUUGGAGGAGCCAACAUGCCCAACCUGUACCCUGGGGCCCCUGGGGGUGGUUACCCACCAGUACCACCUGGGGGAUUCGGGCAGCCCCCCUCUGCUCAGCAGCCUGUUCCUCCAUAUGGGAUGUACCCACCCCCUGGAGGAAACCCACCCCCUGGGAUGCCCUCAUAUCCACCCUACCCAGGGGCACCUGUGCCAGGCCAGCCCAUGCCACCCCCUGGGCAGCAACCCCCAGGGGCCUACCCUGGACAGCCGCCAGUGACCUACCCUGGGCAACUACCAGUGCCACCCCCUGCACAGCAGCAGCAGCCAGUGCCGAGCUACCCAGGAUACUCAGGAUCUGGGACUGUUACCCCUGCUGUGGCCCCAGCCCAGUUUGGAAACCGAGGGACCAUCACAGAUGCUUCUGGCUUUGACCCCUUGCGAGAUGCGGAGGUCCUACGGAAGGCCAUGAAAGGCUUUGGGACGGAUGAACAGGCCAUCAUCGACUGCCUGGGCAGCCGCUCCAACAAGCAGCGGCAGCAGGUCCUCCUGUCUUUUAAGACGGCUUAUGGCAAGGUGAGUUGUGGGGUGCAGGGGUAUAGCAAGGCAUGGCCUUGGUUCCAGCACAGCCCUGCUUGCCCUGUUUUUCUUUGGGGCCAGGGGGCCUGGAUCUCCUGGAUAGACAGCAAGGUACACAAGGGCAUUUCCUACUGUCCCCCACCUGUCAGAGGUCAACAUGUGGUGGUAUCUUUUAGAAGUAAAGAAUGUCCCAGGGAAUGUCUGAGGGAGAAGCCCCAGACUCCGUGGGGCAUGUUGCGUUCUCUGCCACCUCAGGGUGCUGGCACUGAUGAAGCCUGCCUGAUUGAGAUCCUGGCUUCCCGCAGCAACGAGCACAUCCGGGAGUUGAGCAGAGCCUACAAAGCAGAAUUCAAGAAGACCCUGGAGGAGGCCAUUCGAAGCGACACAUCAGGGCACUUCCAGAGGCUCCUCAUCUCUCUCUCUCAGGGAAACCGGGAUGAAAGCACAAAUGUGGACAUGUCUGUUGUCCAGAGAGAUGUCCAGGAGCUGUAUGCGGCCGGGGAGAACCGCCUGGGAACAGAUGAAUCCAAGUUCAAUGCAAUUCUGUGCUCUCGGAGCCGGGCCCACCUGGUGGCAGUUUUCAAUGAAUAUCAGAGGAUGACCGGUCGAGACAUCGAGAAGAGCAUCUGCCGGGAGAUGUCUGGGGACCUGGAGCAGGGCAUGCUGGCUGUGGUGAAAUGUCUCAAGAACACCCCGGCCUUCUUUGCUGAAAGGCUCAACAAGGCCAUGAGGGGAGCAGGAACAAAGGACCGGACCCUGAUUCGCAUCAUGGUGUCUCGCAGUGAGGUUGACCUCCUGGACAUCAGGUUGGAGUACAAGCGGAUGUAUGGCAAAUCACUGUACCAUGACAUCUCGGGAGAUACUUCGGGGGAUUACCGGAAGAUUCUGCUGAAGAUUUGUGGUGGCAACGACUGAGCGGUUACUGGCGGCUCACUGCUCCCACCUGCCGCCGCAGUGGUGCCAGGAAAAAGGCCAAAAGAAUGUCUGUUUCUGACAAAUCCACAAAUAGCCCCAAGGUGUGCUGCCCACAGCGCCGUGACCCUGUCCCCUACCCUACUGAUCCACGUGUUGUGCUGAGGGACCUGGGUCAGUCUAGAACUCUCUCAGGAUGCCUUUUCCACUCCCACAGCCUCUUGCUGCUAUGUAGAUGUUUUAUUUCCUGACUGGUUCGGUUGUUGCCCCUUGCUUGUGGCUAAGACUCUUGGCUUCAUUUAGUCGUGUAAUUUUAUAUUUUUAUUUGGAGGCAUAUUCUCUUUCUCACAGUCAUUGCCAGCCAAGAUGCCUACGAGUCUGUUUGCUGCGUACACAUUUCUGGUGAGAGUGAUUGGGUGGGUAGAGUGCCGUGUCCUCACUGAGAAGAAAAAGGGAGGCCCCCUCAAGCUAAUCUUUGCGUCUGGUGAAAAUGUGUCAUGAGCUUUGUUAUUGCCAAACCCGUUCCUUUUUAGAAAAAAGAAAAAAAGACCAGAAAGUCAUCUGUUCCAUCUUCCAUGAAAAACCAUGAAAAUAAAGCCAGUUCCCUGGCAGUGACAGGGCUUCUUGUAAUUUGGAAUGUGCCUUAAACCUGAAUGUCUGUAGCCAAAACCUGUUUCCAAAUUAAAAGCCAGCCAGCUCUGGAACACUCUGGAAAUGU